AUGUCAAAGAAAAGUCGUGCCAAGGGAGAGAAGUCCGACAUGGAGAUUGAAGCCCUGCAAGCUGCUAAUGAGGAGCUACGAACUAAACUAACCAACAUCCAGAUAGAAUUUCAGCAAGAAAAAAGCAAGGUGGGUAAACUGAGAGAGAAAAUCCAAGAGGUUAAGCAAGAAAGGGAGCAGGAGCAGCACAAGCACACUGCCUAUGUUUCUGAACUGAAAGCCAAGCUCCAUGAGGAGAAAAUGAAGGAACUUCAGAGUGUCAGAGAGUUACUGAUCCGACAGCAUGAGCAGGAGGUAGCGAGAAUGGUGAAAAUCAAAGAUGGUGAAAUUCAACGUUUGCAGUCAACAGUCAACGUCCUGCGGGAUGGGGCGGCUGACAAAGUGAAGACGGCGCUGCUGAGUGAAGCAAAGGAGGAGGCUCGCAAGGCGUUCGAUGGUGAACGGAUGAAGUUGCAACAGGAGAUCUUGGAGCUGAAAUCUGGCAAAAAGCAGCUCGAAGAAGCUUUGAACAACAUUAUGCAGGCAGAUAAAAUGAAGGCUGCUGACCUGCGCACGGCUUAUCAAUCCCAUCAGGAUGAGAUUAAUAGAAUAAAACGGGAAUGUGAGAGAGAGAUCCGCAGGCUGAUGGAUGAGAUAAAAGGCAAAGACAGGGUGAUUCUGGCUCUGGAGAAAGAUCUUGGUGUCCAGGCAGGCCAUACACAGAAACUGCUCCUUCAGAAAGAAGCUUUGGACGAACAACUUGUCCAAGUGAAGGAGGCAGAACGAUACCACAGCAGUCCUAAGAGAGAGCUUCCUGUGGGAGUCGGGGAUAUCACCGAACUGAUGGGAAGCCCGGAGCAGCAUUUGGAUGAACGAGAUGUGCGGAGAUUUCAGUUAAAAAUUGCUGAACUGAAUGCUGUAAUAAGGAAGCUGGAAGACAGAAAUACUCUCUUAGCAGAUGAAAGAAAUGAACUGCUGAAACGUUCUCGGGAGACAGAAAGUCAGCUGAAACCUUUGGUAGAAAAAAAUAAGAGGAUGAGCAAAAAAAAUGAUGAUAUGUUGCAAUGUAUCCAGAGAAUGGAAGAGAAAAUAAAAAAUCUAUCAAGGGAAAAUGUAGAACUAAAAGAGAAGUUAUCUGCACAGCCAGCGCUGAAGAGGCACACAUCUUUGAAUGAUCUCAGCAGCACACGGGAGGAACAAGAAAUUGAAUUCCUUAGACUGCAAGUCAAAGAACAGCAGCAUGUUAUUGAUGAUCUCACAGUGGAAAGGGAACGGUUAUUGCGGUCUAAAAAACAGAAGAGGAAAAGUCUGAAGCCUCCAAAGAGGCAUGUUGUGGAGACAUUUUUUGGAUUUGAUGAAGAAUCUGUUGAUUCAGAAACAUCAUCUGUAACUUCAUAUAACACAGAUAAAACAGAUAGGACACCAGCAACACCAGAGGAAGAUUUGGAAGAUAGCACACCUAAAGAAGAAGCUGAACUAAGAUUCUGCCAGUUAACAAGAGAGUACCAAGCUUUGCAAAGGGCAUAUGCAUUGCUUCAAGAACAAGUUGGUGGAACCCUGGAUGCAGAGAGAGAAGCAAGGACUCGUGAACAACUGCAAGCUGAUCUUCUCAGGUGUCAGGCAAAAAUUGAGGACCUGGAGAAAGCUCUAAUCGAGAAAGGACAGGAUUCAAAAUGGGUAGAAGAAAAGCAACUGUUAAUCAGAACAAAUCAAGAAUUGCUAGAGAAGAUUUACAGAAUGGAACAAGAAGAGCAUCAGCUGAAGAAUGAGAUGCAAGAUGCAAAAGACCAGAAUGAGCUGUUAGAAUUCAGAGUGCUAGAGCUUGAAGAGAGAGAACGAAGGUCGCCGGCAUUUAAUCUUCAUAUAACCACCUUCCCUGAAAACAAUGGAAGUGCACUUCAACUGUUCUGUCAACAGGAAGGAAUAAAGGAUGUGAAUAUAUCUGAACUUAUGAAGAAGCUAGAUAUUCUUGGAGAUAAUGGGAAUUUGAGAAAUGAAGAACAGGUUGCAAUAAUCCAAGCUGGGACUGUGCUUUCCCUCUGUGAAAAGUGGUUAAAACAGAUAGAGGGGACAGAAGCUGCGCUGACACAGAAGAUGUUAGACCUGGAGAAUGAAAAGGACCUGUUCAGUAAACAGAAGGGUUAUUUAGAGGAAGAACUCGACUACAGGAAACAAGCUCUGGACCAGGCAUACAUGAAAAUCCAGGAGCUGGAAGCCACGCUGUAUAAUGCCCUGCAACAGGAUCCAGGAAGGCGGGCAAGCGAGUCGCUGACCGAAGCCCAGAGGGAGGAUUUGCGAGCUGCAGUGGAGAAGGUGCGGCGGCAGAUCCUGAGGCAGAGCCGUGAGUUUGACAGCCAGAUCUUGCAUGAGCGAAUGGAGCUGCUGCAGCAGGCACAGCAGCGAAUUCGAGAACUAGAAGAUAAAAUAGAACUUCAAAAGAGGCAACUCAAAGAAAUUGAGGAAAAGUUUUUGUUCCUUUUUUUGUUUUUUUCACUAGCAUUCAUUCUGUGGCCUUGA